GUUGUCACUCGAGACAGAAUUUGAGUAUGGAUUAGUGUCUAGGCUUGAAUUUUAUCUAUUAUUAAUAAUAGUUACUAUCAGCGUAUUUACUAUUUACGAUUUCUUAUCGUUAAUGUGUUUUAUUUGAGAGCACAGGUAUAAAUACUUGGGUAAAGGGUUAUUAUUUACCAGGAUAAGAAAUAAUUAGUAAAGUAGAGUCAAGAAGACUAACUAACUCAACUAACUGAAACUAAUAUUAAUAUUAUUAUUAUUCUAUCAGUAUCAGUAUCACUGAUAAUAAUAAAUAUAUAAUAUACUGAGAUCAGAUAGGAUACUGCUGAUUAACUUUUUGACUGACUAUGACUAUGUAAUUGUAAUGUUUAUUUGUAAAUGUGUUGAUUAAUCACAAGAAAACUAGUUUGUUUUUUAAAUGAAAUCCGAAAUGUUUUAAUUGACAAUUUGUAAGAAGUAGAAUUAGUGUUGAUUAAUCACAAGAAAACGAGGCUAAACAAUAUGAAUCACAGGAUGAAAGCCAAAUAUAAUAUUAAUGACAUGAUCCUGAUUAUUCCUCCUGAAAAAUACUAGUUUUGUCAUAAUUCCCUUAGCUUCAAGUAGGCCUACAUACAAAAGUAAAAGAUGCAAUUAGAAAAUUGUAAAAUGCAGAGGAUAAAAAGUAAAAGAAAUAUUUUUGAAUGGCUUGAAAGUUAAGUUAUUUUUGGUGUACACAUUUUUAAUAAUCCCUUAGUCUUUAAUUGUUAUCAGAAUGGUAUGCUCUUAAACAUCUAUUUAAUUUAUGGGAAGGUAUUCGGUAAGCUUUGAGUCUUGACUCUUCUUUGGUGCACACAUUUUAAAUAAAACUUUAUUCUAUGUUACCAUGUUCUCAGAACAGUGUGGUUUCAAAAAAUGUUUGAAAUAGUUUUUUCAACAAAAGAUUAGCUGUUUAUUGCAAUAGUAUUAUUUAAAAUACAGAAAUACUUAUUGUAAAAUGAGAAAAUAUGUAUGUUUGUACUAUAUAUGCUUCUACAUGGUUUAAUGGUUCAUGAUCAAACUUGGGAUACAUAGUUAUAACACUUCAUUAUCCAGAAGGAAAUGCUGAUGAGGCUUGAUUUUUAAAUAAAACAUAUCCUGUUCAGGGUUUGGGGCUCAAAUUUAGUGGUUUUUUUCUUAUAUGAGCUACACAAAUAAAAUUACAGUUAAUGGCUAACUCUAGAAUUAAAUUGGUACAAAUGCGUUAGAAAGUCUAUUUUACAAAAUAUUCACCACUGUCAGCACUGUCAGGGCCAGUACAUUAAUUUCAUUUUCCCUUACAUUUGCUAUAUUUAUUUUAUUUAUUUAUUUAGGAAUUUUUAUAUAGCGCUUACCUUAAAGCUCUAAGCGCUUUACAAUUAUUAAUAACAUGUAAACUAACUAAAAUAAAAAUGAGACAUUAAAAUAGUAACUACUAUACUAUAUAAACAAUUAAAAUGGCUAUAAAACGAGGAAACGUUCAACUGAUUUUAAUGGAACAACUUCUAAAUUUAACUUUACUACUUAACAGAAGAAAAUUUAUAGGGCUCCUACCUUAGUGCUAAUUAAAAUAUCACAUUAUUGAACAAGUCCUCACCCUGGCCUUUAUUUUAACUGUAAAGGAAAAUGUCUAGAGUUACAGUUUUUUUAAUAUGUUUUAUUAUUGAAAUCUUGAUGACACAGAAUUUUUCUUGAUGACUUGUUUUACAAGUCAUUUGAAGAUUUAAAAAUAAAAUAUAGAAUUUGCCAGCAUGUUCUAAAUAGUUACAGAUAAAGAUUAUGAAAAUGGGAUCUUAAAGUUUAUGGACAUUUUAGUUUAGUUUUAUAGAUUCCUUGGAAUUUCCUCGGUAUUUGUGAAUUAUUUCUUUUAUACAUUUUUUAAAGUUUCUAUCUUAUUCUAGAACAUAGAUUUAAAGAUAUUUUUAAAGUAUCUAGAAAGGUCCAAAUGAGUGUAGAAGGUUUUACAAUGUAUUUCCUUUACAAUAGCCAAAGCUAUACAUGAAUGCUUAGGUUACAAUGCAAGCAUUUCCGUAAAUUGUUGAAUCUUGGCCAAACUUGGUAAACAUACCUUUUCAUAAUCCCUUUAAAAUAUUGAUGUAUUUCAAACUAAUACUAUCCACAACCUUUUGUCUUGACUAAGUCUUGCCAUUGCAACAAAAUAGGAAAGGACAACAGAGUGAGGCUGAUGAAUUUUGCAACUUGCCCUCACUUUAAAAAUAAAAAAUGCAACGCAAGUCAAGACUACUACUCAAGUCUUGGUAAUCUUGGCAUGUAUAGGACAAACAAUGUAUCCCAAAAUAAAUAGGACUAGAUUUUUUUUCAUGAAAAUCAUUUUGGCUUUUUUUUCCCUCUACCAAUGCUGUGGGUCGAGUUACUAAAUAAUUAAACAGAAAAAUUAUAGGUCUUAUUUGAGGACAAAUAUAUUUUUUACAACUAAAUAUUUUUUUCUUAACUAUCUUUAUGAUUAAGAAUUGUAAUUUAAAACAGAUUCCAUAUGAAAUAAAAGAAUUGUGGCUCACUGCAAAGAUAAUGGCGCUACCCACAAUGUCCGGAUACUGGUCAUCUCGUAAAAAUAUGUAUGAACACGCCAUUGUCAGGCAUAGAAACCAUGAAGACAAUUUGCGGAGUCAGUGGACUGAAACUGCAAACUAUUUCAAAAGCUCUGAUCUUUGGGCCGCAAAGCAGAAUGCAUGGUCAUCCAAUCAAGGAUUUCAAGACAGGUUAAUUCAUUAUGUUUAAAAAAAACAGUAUUAUUUGUCUGUUGUUUUAACAUUAAAAGUAUCAGAGGCAUGUAACUUUUAAAAAAAUGCAAUGUCAAACUAUCAGAUCUAAAAACGUAAGAGAUCAUUGCCAUGAAUAUUUAAAAUUCAUUUUAAGUAAAAGCAAAAAUAAUUAAAACUUUUUAAUUAAUGUUGUGUUAUUAGUGUUCUAAGUUAUGUAUAUCCCUUGAAGCUGCUUUUAAGAUAAGAAAUUUAAAAAAAAAAUUUCACUUAACUUGACAAUCACUUAAGCCUAUGGAACAUAAAGGCCUAAACUCAAUAUUUUAUAACAAGAAACACCCCGCCAAGCAAUGGCGGCGGCAAUGCAUGAACUUCCCAUCUACUAAAGCUACUUGACAAAACAUGCAUUCAAGAAACACACUUUAUAAGAAUCCCAAGUUAAUGCUAACUUCUGGGAAUUUUAUUUUGCAUUCCUUUUGAACACAGAGUUAAAGCCAUACAUGCAUACAUACCUAGAGAAUUAUUAUUUGUAAUGGUAAUGAUGACCACUCAUUAUUAGUGCAAAAAGAGUGACAAAUGUAAUUGAUAAAAACUUUUUAAAUAUAAACCUAAUGGCUGUAAAUACUGAUGUUUUUGGCACAAACCUAACUUUUUGAAUGGUUACUUUUGUUUUUAAAAAAAUCAUACUGCUUGGUGUAUUAAAAAAAAUUCUUUUUAACUUUCAUCAGCAUGGAUGCUUAUAAAGAAUCUAAAAGCCAAGACUUAAAAUCGAUGAAGCUUAAGCAACGUAAAGACAGACUGGCUUUAUUGUUAUCAGAGGACACUAAAAAUUAUGCGGUAUGUUAAUGUGUAUUAAAGGGAAUGUCAGUUUUCAGCAUUAGAUAUUUAAAAAAAAUUUUUUUUUUUCGUUUUCUUGUUAAGGUUUACUUUUUCUGGGUACUUUCUACAAAGAAUAUGUUGGGUGAAUAUAAUUCUCUGUAGACCAGUAGAGCCCCCAAGAGUUUGUGAUGCCAGGGGCAGUCAUUGACCUUGCUGGCCCCAUUUCACGAAAAUGAAAAUGCACAACAUACAAUAUGCAUUAAUGUCAUUUAAACUACAUGUAUAUGAAGUUGGCAGAAAAUGAGGCCCACUGUGCUGUAGAAAAGACAGGCUUAGUUACCAGCAUUGCAGAAGAAAAAUACAUUCAGUGGGAGAAAAAUCAAUCUUAGUUUAAGGGAACAACCUCUGUGUUAAAGGGUGAGGUGUGUUUUUGUAAAACAUCUCAUAAAGUCAACAAUAUGCCUGCAUUUCCACUAUGGAGAUGAUGAAACAAAGGUAACAAGUUUGUUUUUUUAAAGUGAUUAUUCAUGAGGUAUAUUGCUUGCUUCCAGCACACUGCUAACUUUAUUUGAAUGUAGAGUUAAUAAUUAUUAAUAGCCCAUAUUUGUUUUAAUGAUAGCUAAAUACUAUAAUCACCUUCUCCUUCUAUUGCAGGGGCCUGCUACUCUUUAGCCUUUAUCAUGUAGCUCUUGGGUACCACUAGUUACUAGAUCGAAACUUAAUAUUUGGCUCUUUCCCAUGAAAAGCAUCCUGACCACUGUACCAUACUAUCUAUUGUAACAGUGUACACUAAUUAUUUGAGCUAUAACAAAACUAUUUUUAUCAGGCUGAACUGAAAGGACUGUCCAAGCCUAACUUUGAAAGACUGGAAGAAAUGAGAGCCAAAACUGAAGGUCUCAAAAGUGCCAGAGAGGAAAAAAGACAGAAGGUAGAAGUUAUUUCUUUGUAACACAAUACAACAUAUUGGUAAAUUUCUGAUGAAUAUAAAUGUAUUGAAAAAAAUAACUAAAAUUUCUUCUUUAAGUUAUUUGACAUUUGCAAAUAAAAAAGACAGAUUUAAAACUUUAAAAAAAAACUGCCAGCUAUAUUUAACAUUACUCAAAGCUAAUUUUCUUGUAUUAUUUAAGUAUUAUUUCUAACUCCUCUUACAGCAGUUCAUUUGGUAUAAUUGGUUUUAACUUUGAGUAUAUCUGGUAAAAUCUUAAAUCCAUUAAGAUUUAACCAAUCCAUUAAGAUUUAGCCAAUCCAUUAAGAUUUAACAAAUCCAUUGAGAUUUAGCCAAUCCAUUAAGAUUUAGCCAAUCCAUUAAGAUUUAGUGAAUCCAUUAAGAUUUAGCCAAAUAUUUUAUCCAAACUGCAGCUGGCUGAGGACAAGUUGUACCAGCACUGGAGAGAAAACAAUCCGGACCUAAGAAAGGCAGAGUCGAAUUUACUCCAAGAACAUGUUGUUGGAGAAUGGGGAGACCAGAUAGAGGAGAAAGAAGAAGUUAGUGUAUCUUUAAUACAACUCAUGUUGAUGAGUUAGAGAAGCAAAUAUUGCCUCAUGAUUUUUGGUCAUUUCAAUAUUUAAUUUUUUAAAAUCCUUGCUACUUUUGUUAAAAUUUUACAAGCUGGUCAAUUUCCUGGAAGGAAUCUUUUCAAAAUGACUCAUUUAAGCACUACAAAGUAUCGUUUAUUUCAUCAGUUUAAAUAAUUGCAACAGGAAUAUUGUUGUGGCUGUCAUUAUAAUUUUUUACCUAUGAAAAGUCUGUUUGUACCAAUACCAGCAUACACUGUUUACAGGGUAACAUUCAGACACAGUACAGAUUGUGGUUAUCCUAAAAUAUGGGCUAUAAGAUUGGUGGUCAUUGAUGUUUUAAAAAAUGGAAUUAUUUGAUGGUUUUUUAUUUUAAAUAAAGACACCUUAGUAAUUUUCUGUUUUAUCACAUGGAAUUUUUGUCUAGCAUUCUGGAUCAAUGAUGAUUAAAAGAACCGAGUGAAUCACUGUUUUACCAGAGAUCAAAUACUUUCUCAUAAGCAAAAAUUAAGAGAAUCUCAGAAUUGAUCAAAGCUAUGAUGUUGUCAUUUGAUCUAACUUGUAUUAAACUUUAUUUAUUAUGGCAGCAAACUCACUGCUAAAAAAUUAGUGUUUUGCCAGAGGUUUCUAUUUAUGGCAUCCAAAUCUUACAUAAUCACAGAGACUAGAAUCAGCAAGACAAGAAAAAAUUGCUUUUGAAAAGCAGAUGGAGAAAGAAAGAUUAGAUGCCAUCAAGUUGGAAAGGCAGAAAGAAGAAAAACGACUAAAGGAAGAGAGGUCUAUGAAAGAUAUGCUCAGACAACAGAUGCUUGAGUUUAAGGCCAGAGAAGAAGAGGUGAGCCGAUUUCUCGGUGUCAAGAUUUCUGUAACAAAGAAAUAAAUUAAAUGUGCUUAAUUUUUUAUGUUUUACAAAUCCAUUACAUAAUAAUAAUUGCAGAUGAAAAUGCAGUGAAGUCAUUAUGUUAGUUUUUUGUCUGUACUAUAUAUGAGGUUCUCCUACUUCGAUUUCUUAAAAUAAUUUAAUAUAUUUUGUAAGCAUGAGGCACGUUUCAGGCCAUAUAGAAAUUUAAAUAUAUAGGCCUAUAUAUGUGUAUUCAAAUUAAAGGAUUUAAAAGAUCUGCUUUCUUUAAAUUAGUAAGCCCCUCAAAUAUUUGUGGGACUAAGUCAGUAUAAUGUGAAUGAGUCAGUAUAAUGGAAAUGAAAAUUAAGAUUCGAAAGGGAUUUUUACUCUGUUUCUGAAAUUGUUUUUUUUUUUAAUUUAAAGGAGUGAGACAGCCAUCAAAAGCAACGUUGGUAGUAUUAAAUUUAUUUGCACCACAUUUUGUAACUCUCUCCCUAUUCAGGCCAAGGCAUGGAUUAAGCAACAGGAAGAUUUAUUGAGACAGAAAUGGGAGCUAGAAAAAAUAGAAGAUCAACAGCGCAAGAGGGAGGAAGAGAGGAAAAAACAAGAUUUAGGGUAGAACUCUCUUUUACUCAAGAAAAUCUGAUAAAAUAUAAAAAUAUAGUUAUUUUUACAAUAUGCACAAGAAGGAAGAAAAAUAUUCAAUGAAGCGGAAAGUGAACUGUGAGGCUAUUUAAGGAUCCUGUCAGAAUAUAUGAAAUUAAAAGGAAAUAGUAAAAUUUGAGUUUUCAAAUUUUUAAAAUAUUUUAAAAUAACAAUUGUGACCGAUGUUCAAGCUAGUUUUUUAUUCCCUAUCAUAUAUUCGUUUUUUUUUCUGAAACUUCAACUUCAUUAAUUCAAAACAUGUUUGAUGCAUUUUAUUGAAUAUAUGUUUCGUUUACUUAUAUCGUGUCUGUGACAGACGUGCUUUACUGAGACAACACAAGGCUCAGAUGAUGCACAAGUCUAAAGUCAUCCAAGAAGAAUUGGUAUACAAGUUUUUAAAUUAUUUUUCAUGUUACUGUUGAAACUACAUUUCUAUUUAGAUUUAAAACAAAAAUCAAAUAUAAUCACAGUUACUUAUAUAGUCUACACUUUAAAGGAAACAAUAAAAGCUUAACGGCCUCAAAUACUCAAAACUAUAUUUUCAUCUCGUACGUUCGUUAAAAAAUGCACUGUUAGUUAAAAUAGAAAUGGGUAGGUGCUGAACAGUGCAAUGUAAUAUUUUUUCAGGAACAAGACAGAAAAUUGUUGCAGUCUCUGAUAGAAAAAGAAAAUGAGCAGAUUUCUAUGCAGUCGGCAAGAAGAGAAAAGGCCAAGGCUGAUGCACAUUGGAUGAAGCAGGUCAGUAGAAAAUAAUUUUCUGAUAAUUUCAACUAUUCAUUGUUCAAGCUGAUUUAUUUUUUUUUGCUGUAAACUGCAAAGAACGUGAUGGCCAUCAACAGUUUAGCUAUGAAGCCUAGAAAAAAAAGAAUGUCACAUUUAUUUUAGAAACUGUUAACCCCUGAUAAAUCCAUUAUUUAAAUAGCAUCCAGUUUAACAAAUUUGUAAAUUUUAAAUAAUUUGUCUUUGUGAGGCAAGAAUAUUAAUUUUUCACCCGUAGACAACUAAAAGAAUUAAUAUAUUACUGUUACACAUUUUAAAUUUUUUGAAAAAUAUUCAAGUAGAAAAGAAAAGCUUAAAAAUGUAAAAAAAUAAAAUCUUUGUAUUAUAAACUCUUUUUUUGCAGGUCAUAGAGGAUCAACUGCGUUUAGAGAAAGCACGAGAGGCUGAGUUGGACAUGUUAUAUCAGUAAGUUUUUUUGUUGUUUUUUUCGUUUAAAUAAAAAAAAGGAAUUAAUUUUUUUUUUUUACCUGGCUGUUUAAAAAAAAAUUAAAUUAAAAAAACCAAAACAAUAUAAUAACAUUUUCAUUCAGUUCUCUAACUUUAAUGUAAGAUGUGCAAUUUAAAAUUUAAUUUCAUUUUACUAGCAGUCUAACACAAAACCAUGUGAGAUUUUAUGCUUAUACUUUUAACAAAAUUAUUCUCACUCUAGAGAUGAAGCAGCUCGUAUGUGGCAGAAGAGAGCAGCAGAGUGGGAAAGAGAGCGUCAGGCUCGUCAAAAGUUAAUGGCAGAGGUACGCCAAUAUUUACUGUUAAAUAACAAUGGGAAGUAUGUUGUCAGUUUGUUUCAACAGCUAACUUGAUCUUCUGCAUAGGUUUAUUUAAAUUGUGAAAAUAUUUAAAAAUUGCUUCAGUAAGGAACGAUGUGCAAUUUUUUAGGUAAACUUCAGAUGUUUAUUCAUGGUGUUAACUAUUCAACAAGUAUUCAGUUUCAGCAACUCUAUGAAACUGUUUCAAGAUGUCUGAUUAUUGUUAUACUUGUUGCCUCCAAUGGUGCAGGUCCUAGAGAGCAGACAAGAGCAGAUCACCCUGAAGCUGGCAGAGCUCCAGCAGCAGCAGGAGGAAUCCUUGCAGCGCAGGGAGGAGCUGGUCAAAGAGAUGGAGAUAGCCCAGCAGAUGACCAGGAGGGAUGAAGAAGAGCAGAAGUUGAAUAAACUUGCCACCAAGGGGGAGCUCGAAGAACAGGUGAGUUUUAUCAUUUAAAAAAAAAAUUCUCAAUUUUUUUGUUGGGAUUUAAUAGUUUGUUCAUAUUGAUGUCACAAAUGAGAACAACAAAUAAUUUUGUCAACAUUUAAUUGUCCUUUAUACUGCUUCAAUCCCAAACUUAAAAAUUAAUUGGUCUUUAUUUAUCUUUAAGUGCUAGGAAGGUGCUCCACGAGCAGGCUUUGAACAUUGUUCUAAAUCAAUGAUUCCUGCAUAAGUUUGAAGUUGUAAUUGUUAUAAUUGCUUCAUAACACCAGAAUUAUUCUAAAUAACUAUGUAAAUCCUAUCCAGAAAUUUGUUUGAAAUAAGUUUUGUUGAUGUAAAUUUGAUUGACGGAAGUUUGAUCCAACGGAAAUUUGAUCAAACGGAAGUUUGGUUGAAUUUUUUUCCAGUUCACAUGAUCUAAUUUUGCGUCAAAUUUCUUUUUGAACGCAUUAAUUUGUUUUACUAUAUAGUAAAUUUGACUAAAAUUUGAUCGUAUGAACUGAAAAAAAAAUUUGACCAAACUUUCUUUCAAUCAAACUUCCUUUCGACCAAUCUUCCGUUCGAUCAACUUCUGUCGAUCAAUUUUCCAUCUACGAAAUUUGUUUUUAAAAAAAUUUCAGGUAUCCUAAGUAAAUAUUCAUUUUUACCAAAAUUCUUCCUGAAGGUGGAAGUGCUUUUGCAUUAUUUAAUUGUAUUCUUAGUUGAAAAAGGGAGUUACAGUGUUGAGAUAUCAUGUUCAGUAUCUAAGAUUAAAAUGUGCAAGCCCCGGAGCAAGCUAAUAUAUAUUUAGCCCAAUGCCCCUUCUUUACUCCUUAAAACAGGGCGUUAGGGUAAAUAUAGAAUGUGUCCCCUGCCUCCCAUGUGAGUCUGUUGGCACAACUAAAAAACAGUCAGCCACAAAACUGUAAGCAAUAUUAAUUGUUUUGUCUUCUCUAAUACUUUAAAGAUCAGAGCUCGACAGCUGAAAGAGAGGCAGGAAGAACUGAACCUGCAGCUUGAACUUGAUGAGGAGAGAGAGGAGGAGAAAGGUUAUGAGGAACUUCUGAAACAAGAAACUGAGAGAAUGAGACUAAAGGGAUUUACACCUCGGGUGAGUACGGUCACAGCACAGAGCCACAGCACAGAGCCACAUAUUAUAUGCUUCAUAACGCGUUUGGGGGGUGGGGGGUUGGGUGUAAGCAUUCUCACAGCAUUAGUCAUAUAUGUGCUUUAUAACUUGUAAGGGGAAAUAAGUAAUUCUUUAGUGACAUUUUUUUUUAUGUAUAUCUAAUUUUAAUUUAUUUUCAUUAAAUGUAGGAAAUCAACUACCAUAAAUGACUUUUAUGAAACCUCAAUUUCUAAAAAUGUAUUUACUGUAGGCAAUAAAACAAAGAAGUGCAACAUAAUUAUUUCUGAAAUUUAUAUGUAAAGUGGUUUCAUUAAAUUUAAAUUAAGAGUGACUUUGCUUAUGGUCCUUAAAUUUAACAGUGACUUUGCUUAUGUUCCUUAAAUUAAACAGUGACUUUGCUUACAUCCUUAAAUUUAGCAGUGAUUUUGCUUACAUUCCUAUCACAUUUUAACAAGUAACAAAAUUUUGCUUCCUCCACAGGAUCAUGGGAGAAGACAAGCAUGGAUGUGAUUUAUUAUCAUUUAUAGCAUUAGCCUUGUAUAACAAUCUUAUUUAAAAGUUCUUCUUUCUUUUAGCAUCUUGCAUGAUGCUCAAUGCACCCAGUGGUCCCCCACCGGUGUACAGAGUGGGGCAAUAUUAUUUUAAAUUUGAUUUACUGGUAACGGGCAGAAAAACUAGAGUGCUUGACUCAUGAGGCUGAACAUUUGCUCGCAGGAAUGUCUUGUUCGAAGAUGCAUGCUUUUAUAAUUGGCAAGGAGAGAUGAUGUAAAGAUCGUUAGAUUUUAAUGAGAUUUUUUUUCUUAAAUUUAAGUGGCAUUUUGAUUUUGAGCAAAAGGAAAUUCCUUUUUAAAACAGCCAUGCUUGUUUGUGUCUUUUUUUUUUUAACGACUCAACAAAUGGCUUUAACCAGUUUUAGACUUACAUCCAAAAUGACUUCCUAUGACACCUGAUAUUCACUUAGACAGUGCAAAAGUUUAUUUAUUUCUUGAAAAAAAUUCAUUUAGGUGACAUUCUUAUUAGAUAAGUAUGAGUGAAAUGUUUUAUUAAAGGCUUUUACUGUACAGUUGUGUGUGUGUGUCCGUGUAGUUUUUUGUUUGAGUUCCUUGACCACUUGAGAACAGGAUGUCUAAUGCAGGACAGGCAAACUUACCCCAAAAAUAUGUUUACGCUGAUGUUACCCCAGAUUUAUAAAGAUGAAAAAUUUAAAAUUGUUUUUUUAAAAAUCUUUUUACACCAAGACUAAAAUUGUAAAUAUAAAAAAUGGCAAAAUAAAUUUGAUAAUAAAUUAAUAGAAUCCUGAGAGAAUUCAAGCAUUUCUUUGGAGAAAAAAAAAUUUCACUUCAAAUUUUGUAGAAAUGAUGUUUUAUUUUGAUACAAUGACAAGAAAAUUGUUUUUUUUUUAACUCAGAGAAAUGUGGAUACUGUCUUUGGGGCUACUUAAUUGAUUUGCAUGCUUUGCGUUAUUUUCAUUGGAGUGAAAAACCGUAAUUCGUAAAGGUAGGUUGUGCCUGCCUCCUCAUGAGCAAUUUUGAAAACCUUUGCAUCUCUUGAUGUUUUGAGGGUAAGUAGUAGAGUCACCAGGGAUGCGGACACCACCCUGGAGCCUUCGGAGCAGGAUGACACCCUAACUGGGGGGUGCCAGGAAAUUAAAAAUAGUAAAUUUUGACAAACCUCGAUCAAGUCGGUCUCACUACACAUCUAAAAUACAUGAGCGGGAGGUCACUUGUCCCUAGAGAAAUUUACCACCAGAGCAGGUUGCCAUAAGAGCAGGGUUUCACUAAAGCAAGCCGACUCGGAGGGGGUCCUUGGAGAAGUCUGAAUGAGCCGACACCAUGAGUUUACCCCAUAAGCUAGCUGCCAAGGCCAUUCGUAACCGCAAUAUGUUGAGUGCAUUUUAAAUUACACUGGCCACAUUCAGUGUCGCCAGAAAAAAAAUUUUUUGGCUUUAAAAAUACAAUAUCAAUUGAGCCCUCACUAUCCCUAAGAUUUCCAUUUACCCCAGUUGGCUGGCCACUGGCCUAAAGUAAUGAAUUUGUACUUGCAUAAUUAUAUUCACUGUUGUUUUUUUUUUCCCAUUCAUUUAUCCUUUUAUUUGUAAAAGGAUGUCAUCACUGCCUCAUGAUUUUUUAAAUAAAAUAAUGAAGACAUAUUUUAACCCAUUACAUUUUUUAAACAUUGAACAUACAAGAAACAUUGCAAAUCCCAUCUACAUGCAUAGGAGCCAAAAUGAUCAAUAAAUUGAUCGUGGGCCCUUAAGAUAUAGAAGAAGAAGAAGAAGAAUAGCACAUCCUUGUCUCUUGGUGAUAUAAAUAGAUCUCCAUAUUACUUUUUUUAAAAACAAUUUUUAAAAAUUAUUUUUAUUAAUAAAAAAAAAAAAAAGAAAUGUGUCCUGCAGUUGGGAAGAGCUCUUUGGUUUUUCUAGUUCAUUUUAAAUAGGGACGCUUUCAAAUUAAUUAUACUUGCUCAUUGACCACCAAUAUAUAGAAGAAGAAGAAGAAUAAUAGCACAUCCUUGUCUCUUGGUGAUAUAAAUAGAUCUCCAUAUUACUUUUUUUAAAAACAAUUUUUAAAAAUUAUUUUUAUUAAUAAAAAAAAAAAAAAAAGAAAUGUGUCCUGCAGUUGGGAAGAGCUCUUUGGUUUUUCUAGUUCAUUUUAAAUAGGGACGCUUUCAAAUUAAUUAUACUUGCUCAUUGACCACCAAUAACGACAUGCACAGACACUGUCUCAGUUUUUUACAUUUUUAUCAACUACUUUCUUUGUCUUUCUUUUCAUAAGUUUUCAAGCUGUGAAAUAUAAUGUUUAUGAUGGCUAUGAACAAUUGAAAAUUAUGUUUGAACCUUGC